AUGGGAAACACCACUCCACGCGGUGGUCGUGCUAGCAGUGUCCCAAGCCAGGGGUACAGUGAUAGCAUGAUGGAGCAUGAAGUUAGGGCUUGUGUUACUGUAAAGAUUUAUGGUGUUUUUAUUGAUGUUACUGGAUGGGGUUCUCAGGGUCCUACUCAAGCUCAAAAUCUCAGGGAUUCUCUUGCAGAAGCUAAAUCUGAUAUUGUAGCGAAGAUCGGUUUACGAAAGGGUUCAAGCUCAUUUAACGAGGCUCGGGCUGCUGGCUUCUCUGAAGAAAGUGGAACCCUUGGAGAUAUUUAUGAGACUAUCUCUGGCAGUGAUUUGGUUCUGCUUUUAAUUUCAGAUUCCGCUCAGGCUGAUAAUUAUGAGAAAAUCUUUUCACACAUGAAGCCAAACAACAUACUUGGACUUUCACACGGGUUUCUUCUUGGUCAUCUGCAAUCGGUUGGGCUUGAUUUCCCCAAGAACAUAAGUGUGGUUGCUGUGUGUCCCAAAGGAAUGGGUCCGUCUGUCAGGAGACUGUAUGUUCAAGGAAAAGAUAUUAACGGAGCUGGAAUCUAUGCAAGUUUUGCUGUCCAUCAAGUUGUUUAUCUUCUUUAUUCCUUAUAUAUAUUGUGACAUAUAGCUUAUGAA